AUGUCGGGUCCGCCUACAGACGCUAACGGCAACAACAGACCUGCUGGUCAACCGACAACUACAGUGAUUGUCGGAGCGGGGAUCAUGGGAUCUUGUCUAGCCAACAUUUUGGCCACCCGUGGGCAUUCGGUUGUUCUCAUCGACCGAUCCGUCCGCGGAUUGCCCGGUAGUACAGGACACGCGCCGGGAUACGUCGGACAAUUUAACGCCAUCCCUGCGCUCACGACGCUUGCUGUGCGUUCUGUGGAAAGGUACGUCACCAUUCCGAAAGCGUUCAACAGGGUGGGAGGUUUAGAGGUCGCACUUACGGACACCGAACAAGAGAAGCUGGAGAAGCGAUGUGCUGAAGCGAAACUGGAAGGAAUGAGUGCGACGUUGGUGGAUGCAGCCAUUGCGCACGCUAAAGCUCCCUUCUUCGUGGUCGAAUCCAAAGUCAAAGGUGCACUCUGGUUCGAAAACGACGGAACAGCCGAUGGUCCCCUUAUCGCUUUGUACGAACAACAGCAGGCUCAGGCAAAGGGCGCCAAACUCGUGGAUGCCGACGUUGUGUCAGUCGAACAGGGACGUGUCAUUUUAAGCCAUGGCUUAGGCACCGUGGAAGCGGACAACGUGGUGGUGUGCGCUGGAAUCUGGACCACCAGCCUGCUGGCCGGUCUAUCUGUCGUGCCGGUAGCACACCCGUAUGCAUAUACGCAGGAACGUGAGGCGCGCCAACUACGUACGCCCUUUGUGCGUUAUCCCGAGACGCACAUCUAUGUUCGCGAUCACGGUCUCAAGGACGGUGUCGGAUGCUACGCUCACGAUCCCAUUGCCGUUGCUCAAUCGGAAAUCACAAAUAGUGCCUAUGGAGCAUGGCAUUCUUCUUUCGAACAAGCCCUUACCGACUCGUUAUCCGUGCUUCCCACUGAAACGCGAGACACUUUCGACAAUUCGCCGCAAACAGCAGGAAAGGAUAGGGUGUUCAACGGCUUGUUCAGCGUCACUCCGGAUGCAUUGCCGCUUGUCGGCAAAGUCAAGCAAGGCAGUAACGUGUAUGUCGCUACCGCUGCAUGGGUUACUCACGCUGCAGGAUGCGCUCUGCUGGCCGCCGACAUCAUUGAUGACACCGUUCACACCAAGGACGAUUGGCUGGUCAGCCAGCUGGAUCCACACAGGUUUGAUGGUCGUGAGUCUGGCGAGCUGCAGAGCCAAGCGCUAUCGACCUACAACGACAUUUACAACAAGGAACUUGCUACCGCUUCCGAUUCCGCCGGCCUAGUAGUUCACUGA